AUGCCCUCCAACAAGGCUCCCCCAGUUGUUGACUUUGGUGACUUUCUGUCCGGCGAGCCAGAUCGGAUGCAGAAAUGUGCCCAGGCCAUUGGAGGAGCAUGUCGCACACAGGGGUUCUUUCAGAUCAUUAACCAUCCCAUCCCCGCCAGCCUCCAGAAGGAGAUGAUGAGGCUCUCCAAAGAGUUUUUUGCCCUCCCUCUCGAGGAGAAGAUGAAGCUCGACAAAUCCCAGAACCAGCAUAACCGAGGCUACGAGGUUAUGUAUGGCCAGAUGAUCGAGAACCACACAAAGCCGGACCUUAAAGAAGGCUUCUAUGUGGCACAGGACCUUCCCAUGGAUCAUCCGCAGGUGCUGUCCCACAAGUUUGCCCAUGGCCCUAACCUCUGGCCUGAGUCCAUGGGUCCGCAUUUCCGCGACACCUGCAUGGACUAUCUGAACCGCAUCACAGCCCUGACCGAGCAGGUGAUGCAAGCCAUUGCCAUGUCUCUGGGGUACGACCAACAUUACUUCGACGAGUUCUGUACCGAUCCCAUGGCCUUCUAUAAGCUAUUGCACUACCCCCCUCAAGCCGAGGACUCGCACCCGCUGCAGCGCGGAAUCGGCGCUCAUCGAGACUUUGGUGUCAUCACUUUGUUACUUCAGGGCGAUGUUCCGGGUCUGGAAGUGUGGGAUGAGGAAGCACAGGAGUACUAUCCGGCUCCGCCUGUUGAGGGUGCCUAUGUUGUCAACCUAGGCAAUCUAUUUGAGCGCUGGUCUAACGACGUCUACAUUUCAAACGUUCAUCGCGUGAUCAACCACUCCGGCACGGAUCGGUACUCCAUUCCCUUUAACUAUAACGGCAACCCGGACUUUGUUAUUCGUUGCAUUGAAUCGUGCCGUACUAAGCCGGAGGAUGAGAAGUAUGCUCCCAUUUCUGUGGAUGAUUAUGUGAGGCAGAAGUAUAAGGAUGUUUAUAACCGGGUCGGUAUCUACAAAGUGGCCGAGAGGGCGGCAUAG